UGCCAACGCAGCAGAGCAGAGCGAGUAAAGCAGAGAUGAUUUUAUUAUUAAUUAUAUUUCUUUAUUAAUUAUAUUUCAUUAUUAAGCGACUCUCAGGGUUAGAUUUUAAUAUAAACAUACACACAGUUUAAUGAUCGUUUAUAACCUGUACAAGAGCUGAUUGUUUAACACAAGAGCCUCUCCGAUCAUCAUCAGUGCUGUAUAUCAGGUGAGAUGGCGAGUCCACGAACCAGACGAGUUCUGAAGGAAGUCAGGACCAACAACGGCAAUAACGUGUGUUUUGAGUGUGGAGCGUUUAACCCACAGUGGGUGAGUGUAACCUAUGGGAUCUGGAUCUGUCUGGAAUGUUCUGGAAAACACCGAGGGCUGGGGGUUCAUCUCAGUUUUGUACGCUCAGUAUCGAUGGAUAAGUGGAAGGACCUGGAGCUGGAGAAGAUGAAGUUUGGAGGAAACGAGAAGUUCCAUUUAUUUCUGGAGCUUCAGGACGAUUAUGAUUGUAACUGGAGUUUACAGGAGAAAUAUAACAGCAAAGCAGCGGCGCUGUUCCGCGAUAAAGUGGCGACUCUGGCUGAAGGUAAAGACUGGUCGAUGGAGAACUCACCCGCUAAAAACUGGACUCCACCUCAACCCAAAACUGGACUGUCCUCCUCACACCGAAGUUCUGCUGCUUCUGGUCAGCACUCGUCACAGUCAGAUAAAGCGUUCGAGGAUUGGCUCAGUGAUGACGUCAACUCUUACCAAAGUGGAGGAGGAGGAGGAGGAGGGCAGGAGAACCGUUAUGUAGGAUUUGGGAACACACCCGCCCCCUCUAAGAAGGACGAUGACUUCAUUAAUAACACCAUGUCCUCUCUGUACUCGGGCUGGAGCAGCUUCACCGUGGGGGCCAGUAAAUUCGCCGCCGCCGCUAAAGAUAACACGAGCAAAUUAGCCAGCCAGGCGACGCUAAAGUUACGAGGUUAUAAAGCUCCACCAGAGCCGGCUGCUGAAUUUGGCCAAAGUUUGAAUGAAAAUGUAAUCAAACCCACACAGGAAAAGGUGAAAGAUGGAAAGUUGUUUAAUGAAAUGGCCGGAGGCUUCACAGAUUUGACCUCAAAGAUGCAGGAUGUCGGAGCGAAAGGUUGGAAGGACGUGAGUUCGUUCCUGAGUGGAAACCCUGCUGACGGGUCCGCGGGGGAUGAGGGUUACCAGGCCGACUCGUCCGGCGGCGGCGGGUAUCAGAACACGGGCGCGGUGGGUCAGAACUUUUGGGACUCGUUCGGCUCGAACAGCGAGACUAAAAAAUCUCCCAGCAGUGAGAGCUGGAGUCACGUGGAGAAUUCGGGAGGUAAAAAGAGUUCGGAGAGCUGGGAGAACUGGGGGUCCGAUAACAAACACAGCACCGGAGACAGCUGGGAGAACUGGGACAACCACUGGGAGAACCAUGGAACCGAGAACAAGAGCAAGAAGAGCCCCAAAAAAACCGAGGAGGAGAGCUGGGGCGACGCCAGCUGGUGAAACCAGUCUGAGAGGAAGAGGAGAGUACAAGUGACGCGGCGGGUGGACUGAUGCUGGGAGGUCUGAUCUGAUAUCAGGAUUUACGAUAUUAUCACGAUAUUCUGAUCAUAAAUCAGUGUUGAUUAUUACUGAUGAAGGUUCACGGUGUGUGUACCAGCUCCAGGUUAAAUAUCGUGAUGUAUCGUACCGUCUGGUAUCGGUUCACUCUGGUGUGUUUGUUCUAAGUGUUUGUUUCUUUGUGAAUGUGGAGAUGGGAGAACAUGCUCAAUAUUAAACUGUCGUUGUUGUGUAACUGUAAUGCAUUUUAAAAUCCUGCACGCACAAAAAAAUAAAGAAAAUCAGUGGCUGUGAGAUUUCAGCUCCUCCUGCGGGACCGAAACCCAGAAUAAUGAUGAAAUGUAGAAUUAUUUACGCUCGUACUUAUUACAGAUAUUUAUCGUUCUGGUUUUGAUGUUCAGAGGUGUUUCAACUAAUAAAGAAUAAAUUCAGUAUUUUUAAAAACUAAA